CCACCCAGUCUAGUGGCCAGCAGCCACCGAGGCCUUGCUACGCCUUUUCCUCUGCUCUGCCCGGUGUCCGGGCUCCCGUGACUGGCACAGGCGGGUGCGCGGAGCAUGGGGCAAUGAAGACCAUGGAGGGCUACCGGGGCUUCUUGGGUCUGCUAGUGUCCGCGCUGCUCCUCGGCUUCCUGGCGGUGCUCUUCACCCUCGUCUGGGUCCUUCACUAUCGGGAGGGGCUCGGCUGGGACGGGGGCUCCCAGGAGUUUAACUGGCAUCCGGUGCUGACUGUCACCGGCUUCGUCUUCAUCCAGGGCCUCGCAGUGAUUGUCUACAGACUGCCCUGGACCUGGAAAUGCAGCAAACUCCUGAUGAAAUCCAGCCAUGCUGGGUUGAAUGCCGUUGCUCUGAUCCUUGCAAUUAUUGCUCUGGUAGCCGUUUUUGACUCCACAACACCAAGAAAAUUCCUAAUAUGUAGCAGUCUGCACAGCUGGUUUAACCUCUCAGCACUUGUUUAUUAUGUUUAGCUUCUCCUAGGUUUUUUCAUAUUUCUGCUUCCUUUUGCUCCCCCGGCUCUCCGAGCAAUUCUUAUGCCAAUCCAUGUUUAUUCUGGUCUACUCAUCUUUGGAACAGUGAUUGCAACAGCACUUAUGGGAGUGACAGAGAAAUUGAUUUUUUCCUUGAAAAAUCCUGAAUAUAAUAAAUUACCACCAGAAGGUAUUUUUGUCAAUACCCUUGGCAUUCUCAUUCUGGUGUUUGGUGCUGUUGUUUUCUGGAUAGUCACUAAGCCUCAGUGGCAGCGUCCCAAAGAACCAAAUGCUAAACUUCUUCAGCCAAAUGGAAGCACUCCAGAGGGCGUUGAUGAUUCCAUGGCAGGCGACUUUGGCAAUGUGGACAAAUCUGAUAUGGACAGUGAAGCAGCAACAAGAAAAAGGAGCCUUAAACUGGAUGAGGCUGGACAGAGAUCAACCAUGUAAAGGGCUAUUCACAUGUUGUCUUAUAAUCUCACUUCAAAACAUCUCCAGCUCAGCUGUAUCUAGAUAUGGAGAACCUUUCUACUCCGCCACAAAAACUCAUUGAACUUUAUAAUAUCUCUUUAUUCUAAUCAGAUGUACUAAGUAACAUUGUUAAAAAAAAGAUUAUAUGGUGUGGUUGAGGGCCAGAAACUGAACUGAAAAGAAUAUGAUCAAUUUGAAACACUGUGUGAGAUCAUGUGAGGCAUCACACAGUAACUUUUUUCUUCCCUAAAACCAAAGACCCACCUAGCCCAACUGUAAGUUCUCUGGUAGUAGGAACAACUUCAUACUUUUCUGUAUCUCCCCCACCCCCAUGCUCAGUUAAAUGCCUUGCACAGAACUUGUGCUCAGUCAGUGUCUGUGGGUUAAUUUAAUUGACUAGAAACAUCGCUGCCCUUAAAUUAUAACCUAGUGUCUGUCAUCUUCAGCUUCUUCUCAGGUCUUUUGAGCUCUGGAGCUAGACAAGACUGAAAGAAUUGUAUCAGAGGCCUCAAACGCAGACUUAGGUUAUUAUUGUCUGCUCUCAGUGUCUUUAUAGGAACCUAGGUGCCAUGAUGGAUAGAGUGAGAGGCCUGGAGUCAGGUCAGGAAGACCGAAAUUUAAAUCUAGCCUGAGAUUCUUACUAGCUCUGUGACUCCGGACAAGUCACUUAACUUCUGUCUGCCUCUGUUUCCUCAACUGUAAAAUGGGGGUAAUAGUAGUACCUACCUCACCAGGUUGUUGUGAGGACCAAAUGAGAUAAUAUGUGCAGAGCCUGGCACCUUAGGUGCUUAAUAAAUGCUUGUUCCUUCCCCUUCUCCUUUCAUAGCACUUAGAGAAAAUUUAGCAGGACAAACUGGGCAGAUAGUGCCCUUGUAUUUUUCUCCUUCUGCUUAUAGGUGAACCUCCUGGUAUAUAGGUUCAGACUGUACCUACAGAAAUAAGCCUGGAUUUUGAAGUCCUUGUGAAGUGACUCUCUAUCUGCAGUUGGUACCAGGAAUUAUGCUGGCUUUUGGAAUUUUUCCUAGUUCAGAGAACCCUCAAGGUUGACCCCAAUGCUAACUUGGGGCUAGUGUCCAUUCUAAGCCAAACAUUCAAGGCUGUCCUAGAAGAGGCCAAAAUGCUUGAGGAAUCUCCUAAGUAACCCUUUGCUCUAUGUUUUCUCUAAGUUGGAUUCUCUAACUUGGGAUUUGGCUUCAUGUUAUAGGGAAUUUUAGGAUCUAGGUGUACUCACCUCAGCUUCACCCCCAGUCCUGACUGAACCUUAGUGAUAUACCAGAAUCAAUCAACCUCUAGGAAAAUGGAAAUGGGAGUGUUUACCUUCUGGCAACUGAUUCCCAAAUAGCUAAAGGGUUGGACUGAGAGGUAGCUCAACUGGCCUUUCUCUGCCCCAUGACUGCUGAAGUGGGCUUUCAAAGCUAGAACCCAGUUGAUUCUUUUUUUGUUUGUUUUUGUUUUUGGUUUUUUUUUAGUGAGGCAAUUGGGGUUAAGUGACUUGCCCAGGGUCACACAGCUAGUAAGUGU